GCGUAUUAUGUGUAGAUUAUUAACGCUGUUUUAACACAGUGGGUACCCAUUUCAAUGUUUCUCUUUCUUGUGUAAAAUGUAACGAUGAUUUGGACUUUAUUAUUAAUGAAAGUUGCCGUGGCGUUGGACGACAAGCCGGAUGAGCCGGUGUCACCUAUAAUGGGGGAUAUGACGACACAGUUGUACGUAACUCUGGAAAAUGGUCCUUUAGUGUUAAACUCAACGAGUGUGGCCGAUAUCAUGAACGGAACCAGGAGAGACAUCAUUUUCAACAUCAACCUGGUGAACUACGUCUGGGUGAUGAACAGGAGGAUAAUGAUGUGCUACAUAACCACCAUAGCCUACAGGAACGCCUUGGCAGACAUGGACAGGUACUUCCAAGUCAGGGACCUGUACGUCGGUACUUUUGAAUACGAAGUGGGCUACCUCACUCACGAGGUCAUCCUCCACUACCAGAUGAUACUGGAGCUGUAUCAGAUCGUUGACAGGAGAUAUUUAAGGCAUCCAGAAAGGAAUUUCGGUCCCGUGAACUACGUGUUCUAUAUGUACACCAACAUACUGGAGCUAAGCAAGGUGAUAAUCCAUCUCUGCAACAUGUUGCACGAGCUGGAGAAGAAGUACAAGAAGAUAAAAGGGGGUGUGUUCGGUGAUGUCGGUGAUAAAAAAGACAAAGCUGAAAAAGGAGAAGAGUAUAACAAGAAAGUGCAGGAAAUACAAGGCCAGGAGGCUGAAUAUGAGAAGUGGCUGGCCCAGCAGAUUAAAGAACAGAAGAAGGCUUUGAAGGAAAAGAAGAAAUAUUACAAACAAUUGGCCAAGCACGGAAUGACGUCAGCUGUUACCAAGAAGAAGCCGAAGAAAAAGAUAUUCCCCCUCGACUAUGGUUGGUCGAUUGAAAAUUGGUGAAAUAAAAUCCUUCACAAAUUUAUUUUUUUCUUUUUUUAAAAACAAUUAAUUUAUGUUAUAAAGAAUAAGUUAUCUAUUAUCGAUUUAGUUUGUUUUUGGGAGCACAAUUUAAAUAAAUGUUGUUAAUUUGCCUUACCAACAUAGUAGGUAAUUGGCAAAAUACCGGCCAUUGUCAAGUUUUGUAAAAAACAAUGUUGAAAUUAAAAACUUACAAAUAAA